AUGGAGCUUCGAAGACCGAGUGAGAACUUGGGUGGCAACAUGGGCGUUCGAACAUCAAAUCUACCUUUGAAUUUGAAAGCCUUGUCCAAUACUAUGGUAGUUCUAAGUCCGCAAGUUUGGCAGCCUUGGUUACAGUACGUGUCACCUUUUUGCCAUCUUCUUUCGCUAUAUCUUUUUCCUUCUGGAGGAUCCACGGUCGACUGGGGAUUGUUUGUUGAUGGGCCUGGGCUUUGCAAAUUGGGUGUUAUAAGCUUGGGGGAGCCCUUUUGUAUGAGGGGUUGGGGGUUGUGGGGUGGUGGUGUCUGCAUGUGCCAAGCCUCCAUCGUCAGGGCUUUGAGAACUAGAUUCAGGCAUGUAUUGGGGGUGGACACACACGGACCGGCCCUUAAAAUAAAAACGGGCAAAUGGACAUUGCUGGCACAAUUUUCGGCCAGAAUAUCCAGACAGCACAAAACCCUAUGUCAACUGGUUUGUUGGGUUUUAAAUCUACCUUGGAAACUUGAAAGCCUUGUCCAAUUUUGGCAGUUCAUAUUCCACAACUUUCGCAGCAGCCUCGGCUCCAGUUUCGUCUAG